AUGCCGCCCUGGCCAAAGAGCAGCAGGUCUGGCUGCUUCCAAGAGAAGGUGGAGGGCGAGCCCGACAACAAGAUUCUAAACACUCACGUGAUCCUCAACUCUGAGGGUGAGAUGGUGUCGGUCUACCGCAAGAUCCACCUGUUCGAUGCUCCAUUCACCGGAUUGGUGGAGUCCAAGCAGACCGUGCCGGGCGCAGACGUGGUCGCCUGCGACAGCGCUGUCGGCAAGCUGGGCGUGACAGUCUGCUACGAUGUCCGUUUUCCGCAGCUGUACCAGCAGCUGCGCUUCGAACGCGGAGCAGAAAUCUUACUGAUCCCCUCGGCAUUCUCCAUGCCGACGGGCGAAGCGCACUGGGAGCUGCUCAUGCGGACGCGAGCAGUGGAAUGCCAGUGCUACGUGAUCGCUGCCGCGCAGGCCGGGUUGCACAACAAGGACGGCAACCGACGCCAGUCCUGGGGACACGCCAUGGCUGUGGACCCUUGGGGCAAGGUGCUGGCGGAGUUCGACGGCACCUCCUCUGGUGUCAAGGUGGUGGAGGUGCAGCCCGAUGCCCUCGAGGAUGUGCGAAACAAGAUGCCGCUCUCCAUGCAGCGCCGCUACGACAUCUACGGGUCGCCAAAGAGCUAG